AUGGGACAGUCGCAAAGCGAUGGGGACGACGAGGUCAAAACGUCGCAGAUUCAAGAGCUGUAUAAGAAAUUUGCGAGCGAAUGCCCGAGCGGAAACUUGCAUUUGCACGAAUUCAAAAAAAUAUUCGGAGUCACUAGCGAGUCGUCAGCAGAGGAAUGUGCAUAUAUGGAAAACCUAUUCAACUCAUUUGACGCUAAUAAGGACAACACUAUAGACUUCCUAGAGUAUGUGGCAGCAGUGAACCUUGUUCUACGGGGAAAACUUGAAGAUAAACUGAAGUGGACUUUCAAGGUUUACGACAGAGAUGGGAAUGGACGCCUUGACAAACGCGAAGUGAGACGUAUUAUCAGGAUUAUUUGUAAAGUGAAGAAGCAGAAUGGUGAAGCUGAAAGUGAACCUCUCUCACCUGAACAAAUAUGCAGCAGAAUCUUUGAUCAUCUCGAUGUAAAUAAAGAUGGUCAGCUUUCCCUGGAGGAGUUUGUGGAAGGCGCGCAGAAGGAUGCAUGGGUUUUAGAUCACCUCACCCUGGACCUGAAGCCGUGCGAAUGGUUUAUUGAAAUGCAAAAAAAGAACUGCACCUGAAGCACACCGUGUCGGGAAGCAUUGCAAAGGAAGAUGCGUCAACCUCAACAAAUAAAAACAAACGUUCAGCUCUUUGUGAAGAGAAUACAAUUUGUCUUGUGAUUUGUGAAGAGAAUAUCGUUUCAAGUCUGGCCCAGAAGACAACGUUAUAAACACACUUGGAAAAGGGAAAACAAUCUUGGCCUUGAAGCAGAGAUAAAGUCCUCGAUAAAAACUAUGUAAGUGUUCUUACGCAAAGCCUGGCCAUGAAGAAGAGAAGGGAGACCGUCCCCACUGUG